GCGGGAGUUCCGGUGCUCUAGAGGCCUUCGCGGAAGUGGCUGAGGAUAAGUCGGCGUGUGAGUUGCUCGCAGUGUCGUACUUGCGCGCUUGCAUCUGCCUUCGGAUUGAAGAUGCCAGGGCUGGCAGCCGCGAGCCCAGCCCCGUCCGAAUCUCAGGAGAAGAAGCCUCUGAAGCCCUGCUGCGCCUGCCCGGAGACCAAGAAGGCGCGCGAUGCGUGCAUCAUUGAGAAAGGAGAAGAACAUUGUGGACACCUAAUUGAGGCCCACAAGGAAUGCAUGCGAGCCCUGGGAUUUAAGAUAUAAACUGGUGCCCUGCUCUGUGAAUGAAUAAUCCCUGAAGAAUGAAGAAGAUUAAAUCAUUUUGGAAGUUCUUUGAUGAGCUUUGAUAAAUGGAUAAAGUAUUUAUAACUUAAUAAAAAACAAAAGGAAAAUGUCCCAGAUCAAAGGCC